AAGAUCGUACCUGCUGCUCUUGAUCUGCACUAUACAUCGGCGAAUGCAUGCAACCCGCCAGAGUGCAGACGUGCCAAUUUCCAUCGGCUCUCUCAACAAUGCUUUGUGACGCUGGAGACGUUGGCUAAGAAUACAUACAUCAUGUCGCGCCCCUUACGACUCCCUCACCCCCAGACUCCGUUGCAUUUGUACAGGCACCUCCUGCGCGAGGCCUCAUAUCUCCCGCCGAUUGCCCGGCCCUACGUCGAUAGCCAGAUCAAGCGACAGUUUCAAAACCACAGGCGAAGCAAUGACGACGAGUUUACCAAACGACGUGUCCAGCAGGCCCACCGCAAUCUCCGCUACCUCCGGGCGGCCAAUGCUGGCGAUGCCGCGCGAAUGCGCCGGCUCAUGCUUAUGGCAUUCGGCCGCCUCGGCCGCCGACGCCGCGAGCUCCUGGCCGACCUAGUGCAUCGUGAGCUGCCCGCAAACACGGAGGAGCUAGAGCGGUAUGCCGACGAGACGUCUGCCAUCGCGUCCGAGCACCGUGAGCUGGACUGGCUGGAUCGCUGGGACCUGGACAAACUCUGCACCUUUGCACGGUCUCAAGUGCAGGCUAGUUUAAACAAUCCCCCUAGGUCCCACAUUACCUAUAGUCAGACAGUUCCGGAGAGGAUAAUACCGGCAGAGAAUUCUUGGGGGCGGCCGCUCACCCCCAAGCUGGCCCGGACGAAACUGAAGAAGAUGUGGAAGCAGGUCGCCGAGAAGUGUCUGCCACCCCUUCCCAAGGAGGAAUGGGAGCGCUUGGGCCGAAUUGCAAACGGCAAGGAGCCGGGCUCGGGAUGGCUGCCCCCGCCUCGGCGGCCGGUAGCACAGAGCGCUGAUGGCAGCACAGAGGAUGUUGUUCGCACGUGGGAUUGGCGCUCAUACGCCACGAGACCCGUCUCCGUCGUCGACAAACCAUCAAACAGACGGAACAAGUUGCUGAGCGGGGACGUGGACGACAAUACGCCGACUGGAGACCCUACGCCAAUCAAUGGGCAGAGAUACACACCUCGGUCGUGGCGGCGACUGUUUGCGAACGUCUGGCAGCUAACUUCGACCAUGGAGAAGAAGCCCGACGGUAAGCGCUGGAAUAUAACGUGGGGAAAACCAAAAUUUCAAGCACCGCCGGCCUCGGCUGCGAUGGAUGAGUUCUUUGAGCAUCUUCCUACCGGUCCGGAGUCCACAGCCCAAGGAGCCAUAGGGAAACGCUGAAGAGAGCGCGGCAGGACUGUUCGAGCGAUGCAAUACCAAGCGCAGUGAGGGCUGAGGUAUGGCGCAAUAUCAGACAACGAUACGGACCCCGGACCCCGAGAUAUUCACAGAGAAGCCUAGUUUGUAUACUUUGCAUCUACAUGGCUCAGUCCAGCAGCGUCGCUAGCUUGGUCAACCCAUCCCCAUCGACGCGCAUGCCGACCCAUUCGCUCAUCAUCC